AUGACGUUGUCAUUAAGAGAACAGUUAGAGCAGUUUGCAGACAGAUUUGAUGCUGAAAGUGCUAAUUUACAAGAUAAGCAAGCAAUUCUCUCAGAAUUACGCGAUGUUUUGGAAAGUGCUUCAUCUGAGGAAUAUGAACUGUUCAUGAACAAUGUUAUCCCGCCUCUUUUGAAAAACCUGCAAGAAAUUCCAAUAUCAUUCAAUAAAAGAUCAUCAGAACAUAAAAUAAGAAACUUCAUCUUAGAUGUGCUGAACAGAUCUCUUUCUAGUCAUGCUACAGAUCCUCAAAUCAUUUCUGUAUUAGAUACUUUACUCUCCAUAUUACCAAAUGAAAAUGAAGAAAAUGGUAUACUUUGCAUGAAAGUACUUACCAUACUUUUCAAGACUUAUAAAGUUUUAUUACAAGACAAAGUCGCAUCUUUCAUUGAAAUCAUCAUUCAAUUUUAUAAAAAUGCUGCAGGGUCAGUAGAAAAGGAAUUCAGUGAAUCUGCUGCACCAGAUAGUCCGUCCAAGGAAGCCAGUGAGAAUUUAUUGGACGAUGAUGAUGAUAUUAUUAACAAUGACAACGAAGAUGAAAGUUCUACGAUAGAAUCUUUAAGAGCAACAACCUGCUCUUUUAAGGUGCUUUCAGAAUGUCCCAUUACAAUGGUCACUUUAUAUUCUUCCUAUAAACAUUUAACUAGCUCGUCUUUGUUGGAAUUCACUCCUCUAGUUAUGGAUUUAUUGAAAAUUGAGGCUGAACAACAAAAAAAUGCCCGUAUGCAAGCUGAACGUGAAGGUAGAAAAUUUACUGAUAUUUCCCCAGAUAUUAAAAAUAGAUCUGUAUAUUGUGAAUUCAUUCUCGCUCAAAUUAAGGCUACCUCAUUUUUGGCCUAUGUCUUUAUUAGGGGUUAUGCUCAAGAAUACUUGAAAAGUAAUGCUGAAAUGGUGCCAGCUUUAAUAAUACGAUUAUUACAAGAUUGCCCAUCUGAAUUAUCUUCAGCAAGAAAAGAACUUCUGCACGCCACAAGACAUAUCCUUUCUACAAAUUACAAAACUUUAUUUUUACCAAAAUUAAACUAUUUAUUCGAUGAAAAUGUAUUAAUAGGUAGUGGCUUCACUACACACGAAAUUUUAAGACCAUUGGCUUACAGUACAGUCGCCGAUUUCAUCCAUAAUAUCAGGUCAGAGUUGAGUUUAGACGAUAUUGAAAAAACCAUUAGGAUGUACACUGGUUAUCUUUUAGAUCAGUCCCUAGCGUUAACUGUACAAAUAAUGAGUGCAAAAUUACUUCUGAAUUUAGUCGAGAGAAUUCUUAAACUUGGAAAAGAAAAUCCUCAAGAAGCACCACGAGCCAAAAAAUUAUUGAUGAUUAUUAUAGAUUCCUACACUAAGAGAUUCAAAAUGUUAAAUAUGCAAUAUGAUACUAUUAUCGAACAACAUGAAGAUUAUGAAAAGAAAAAGACCGAAAAAAUCGAAGCUGGUCAAAAUACGUUAAAGACAGAGGAUAUUGAACCAGAUGCCUUCAUGGCUAAAUUUUUCCGUGUGAGUAAUGAUUCAACAAAUAACAACCUAACAAAGGAUGAUAAAAAAGAAAUCCAGAAGGAUAGUGAUGGUGAUAUAAAUAUGAAUGAAGAUGAUGAUACAAAAAAGGAGCAAAUAAAAGACCUAGAGCAUGGCCCAAUAGAUAUCUUCAAUAUUAGUAAUUAUUCUCCUAUUCAAUUAUCCCCAGUACCAAAUGGUGACCCAAUCAAAGAUGCCUUCUACAUAUAUCGAACACUUAUGUCCUUCUUAAAGACAAUCAUUCAUGACCUUAAAUUGUUCAAUCCUCCUCCAAAUGAUUACACUAUUGCUCAUCCAAAACAAUGGGCUGCUGUUUCUAGAGUUUUCUUUUAUGAGGAAGUGGUCAUGCUCAAAGCCUUGUUUCAUGAAUGUGUAACGGGCUUGAAAUUUUUUGGCAACAGAGAUACAAAAACUGUUACCACUAAGAAACAUUUUGAUAUCACGAUGCCAAGUUUGCCGGUUACGACGUCAAAAGAUGGCAGAGAAUUGAUGGAUUACCUUGCAUUCAUGUUCUUACAGAUGGACAAUUCCACUUUUAAUGAGAUCAUUGAAUCUGAACUGGAAUUCCUCUAUAGUUGCAUGCUUCAGGAUUCUGCUUUGCUUCAUGUGGCACAGUCCUUUUUAACAAGUGAAAUAACAUCGUCUAAUUUUGCAAGCAUUCUCUUACGAUUUUUAAAAACGAAAUUAAAAGAUUUGGGUAACGCUGAUUUCAAUGAAUCAAAUAUCUUAAUACGCCUUUUCAAACUGUCUUUUAUGUCAGUGAAUUUAUUCCCUACCACUAAUGAAUUAGUUCUAUUACCACAUCUUAAUGACUUAAUCCUAGACUCACUAAAAUAUUCUGCUACUACCGAGGAGCCACUAGUAUAUUUCUAUCUAGUGAGAACGCUAUUUAGAAGUAUCGGGGGCGGCAGAUUUGAAAACCUCUAUAGAUCCAUCAAACCCAUCCUACAAGUUUUAUUACAGUCAUUAAAUGAAAUGAUAUUGACUGCGCGUUUACCUCAUGAACGCGAGAUUUAUGUGGAAUUGUGCAUUACUGUUCCUGUAAGACUAAGUGUAUUGGCACCUUAUUUACCUUAUCUCAUGAAACCACUGGUAUACGCCCUACAAGGGUACCCAGAACUUAUUUCACAAGGUCUCAGGACUUUAGAAUUAUGUAUCGAUAACCUCACUGCUGAAUACUUCGAUCCGAUUAUCGAACCAGUAAUUGAUGAUGUUUCAAAGGCAUUAUUUAAGUUGCUACAACCUCAACCAUUCAAUCAUACAAUAAGUCACACAGCUGUGAAGAUCUUGGGUAAAUUAGGUGGAAGGAAUCGUCGGUUCUUAAAGCCCCCAUCUGAUCUCAAAAUAGUAGAUGAGUUGAGUACAGACAUUAAUGCCCUUUUUAAAGUAAAUGGCCUUAAUGCUGAGAUUCCCCUAUCAAUAACACCAGGUAUAGAAGCUGCAUUAGAAAUUAUAGAAAAUUAUAAAGUUGACAUCCAUUAUCGAAAGAAUGCCUACAAAUAUAUCUCAAACGUUCUUCUUUUAUUGGUCAAAUCAUCUAUCAAUUUUCCAGAAAACUACAAAUCUUUACUGAAAGGAGCUGCAGGAAUACCUCUUGCUGCUAAAGUCGAAACUAAGAUGAAUUUUGAGUUAGGACAACCAAUUGAUAGAACUGCAUUUUCUGACAAAGAGAUCUUGUUCAUAAAGCUCUUAGAAGCCGUCUUUUUCGCUGCCUCUGUCGAUGAAAUAAAAGCUGAUGCAUCAACUUUAAUCAAUACUAUCGUUGAUCACUUUUGCUUACUGCAAGUUAAUAGUACUCUGUUGAAAAAAAGACACAUCAACAAUCUGUACAAUUUAGACAUUGAACAACCUGAAAUGGUCUUUAGCAGCAACGUUCUUGUUCAGGCGAUCUGCACUUCUCUGGCAUGUUAUAUACCGGCAGUUCAAAAAAGUGCCAUAGAUGCUAUUCAACGUAUUUGUGAACGUUGCAAGAUAAUUUACGAUGAAAAACUUGUGUUCGAAUUCUCUUUAAUCUACGAUUUAAUGAAACAGUUUAUGCAUUGUUGCUACAAUGAGGCAUUCUAUGAUAAGAACGCUGGUGUUUUAGGUAUUCAGACAUUGGUUGAGAAGGCUGGAGUUUCAACUGAUUUCUUAAAGAUAACGCAGCCUGGAUUAGUUGCUGGGUUCCUUUUUGUGCUCAAAGAUACACCUGUAGGAGCUCCAUCGGUAAUAACAAAGGCUGCUGAGGAUUUAUUGUUUGAAAUUCUGAGAUUGACUUGUGAGGGCUUAUCUGAAUCUGAUCUUGAAUCGAAGGGUCUACAACACUCACUUACCGAUAUCGUAUGUGAAUUAAGCAAUCCUAAUGAGAAAGUUAGAAAAGCUUGUCAGAGAUGCUUAAGUGUCAUCUCGGAAGCAACAGAUAUCCCUAUUGUAAAACUUAUGGAGAGAUCCAAGAACUUUCUGUUCUCUCCUAUAUUUGCAAAGCCACUGAGAGCUCUAUCAUUUACCAUGCAAAUUGGUAAUAUAGAUGCUGUUUCAUACUGUCUCGCACUACCAAAUACUUUUUUGACUUUUAACGAAGAGCUUUUUAGGCUCCUGCAAGAAGUUAUAGUUCUAGCAGAUGCCGAAGAUGAAUCAUUGUCUACUUUACAAAAGGCAACAGAAUAUAAAACCUCAGAACAACUCAUAAAGCUUAGAGUAUUCUGCAUAAAAUUAUUGGCUCUUGCGUUAAAAAAUGAGGCUUUUGCAGCUGCUCAACAGGGAAAUAUUAGAAUAAGAAUUUUGGCUGUUUUUUUUAAGACAAUGUUAAAAACCUCUCCUGAAAUUAUUGACACAACGUACGAAGCAUUAAAAAGUGCCCUAGAAGAGAAUUCAAAACUACCCAAGGAACUGCUACAAAAUGGUUUAAAGCCUAUACUAAUGAACCUUUCGGAUCACCAGAAAUUGACAGUCCCUGGACUAUACGCCUUAUCAAAAUUGUUAGAACUGUUGAUCACUUAUUUCAAGGUCGAAAUUGGUAAGAAGCUUUUGGACCAUUUGACGGCAUGGUGCAGAUUGGAAGUUCUAGAUACUAUAUUCGACCAAGAUAUAAUAGACCAAACACCAAACAAUAUUAUAGUCAAUAUCAUUAAUGUGUUUUAUCUGUUGCCUCCAAGGGCCGACAUGUUCUUGAAUGAUCUAGUACUGAAGAUAAUGUUUUUAGAAAGAAAGCUUCGAAUUCAGUUAAAUUCUCCAUUCCGUCUACCACUAGCCAAAUAUCUCAAUAGAUUCCAUACCUCUGUCAUUGAGUAUUUCAAAAAGAAUAUGGCUCUGCGCCAACUUAUUCUUUUGAUGUGUAGCAUUAUUCAAAGACCCGAAGCAAGUGACCUAGCUGCUGAAUUCGAAAAAGAAAUGCCUGAAUUCUACAACUACUAUAUGGCUAACAUUCCUACUAACCAGGUGAGAGUUGUCAGCUUCUUUGCCAAUAUGGUUGACCUCUUUGAUACGAUGUAUAAAAUUAAAGGCUCCGAGUGGUUAAAAAACCAAAGAGAAAUGGUCUUUAAGUUGCAAGAUAUGCUGAAACUUACAUUUAAGACCAUCAAUGAAAGUUCUUUCCACUUAGAUGAACUUCAGCUAAAUCAGGCAAUCGACAAGUUUCAAAAUAUUUAUAUUCGUUUUUCAGAAUUGAAUAAGCAAGAACCACAGCUUGUCCUUGAUCUUAUUGAGUUUGGAAUUUCACAUUCCAUGAGAUUUUCGCCUUCAUUUUUGACUUAUAUAUUUGAAGAUGUUGUGAAGACAGAAGACAAAGACUACCAGACAUUAUUUUUGGAUACAUCAUUGAAAUUCAUGCUGAACUCUAAUAACUUGAAAAGCCGUGUCUUUAUUUUGAAGAAAAUAGUUAAUUCUUCGUUAAUUUACGAGGGUUUGAAAUAUGGGUCUCUUGAGCGUUUUAUGAAGGAUAAUAGUAAACCGGAGUGGCUAGAGCUAAUCCAUACGAAGAUAUGGAAAAGUGGAAAUGAAGAUUUAUUUACCAAGGUUUCUGGCGACUACAAUUUCUAUAGGUUCGAACUGCUCCAACUUUCUGCCAUCUUUAUUAAGUGGGCUCCAAAACUUAUCGCAGACAUACGGAAGAACGUGAUUAAGUUUAAUUGGAACUUUAUCAAACUAACUGAUACGCUUAUAAAACAAACAGCUUAUUUAGUUACCUCCUUAUUCAUUGUUAACUAUGAGUUCCCUAUCAGCGUCACUACACAGGUAUUUGUAGCACUCUUACGAAGUCCUCAGAGCGAAUCUCGUUAUUUGGUACGCCAAUCUUUGGAUAUAAUUGCACCAAUAAUCAGUAAGCAAAUGAAUGAAGCUGGAACACCCAACGAAUGGGUGAAUUGGGUUAAACGUGUUAUGUUCGAGAACACAUCAAUCCAGAAUAACGUUUUAUAUCAAUUUUUAGUUAGCCACGGGGAUCUAUUUUAUGAAUCAAGGAAUUUAUUCCUAUCUAACAUUAUUCAUUAUAUGAAUAAAAUAACUUUCAUACCAAAUUCUAGCCCUGAAAACCAUAUAUUGGCUAUCGAUUUGGCUUCACUCAUUCCACGUUGGGAAGACAAAGCACUGAAAGAUGUAGCUGCCAUCGAUCAUUCAGUCGAUGGUGAUGUUGAUAUGGAUACAGAAGCCACUAUUUCUCAAACAGACAUCAAACAUCUUACCACGCAUUCAGCAAUUCCCAUCAAUUUACGGGAAACAUUCAUUUCUUUCUUGAUAAGAUACAUCUGCGCCAGUGAUCAUAGAGCUACUGAUAACGAGUUAGGCCUGAAAGCUGUAGAUAUUCUAUCUCAACUACUCUCUCCAGAUCGUUGGGGAGAUGUCAACGUGAAACUAUCCUAUUUUGAAAAAUUUUUGGUGAACUUAGAUUUGGGAUCUGAGAAUUUGGUGUAUUACUGCAUGAAUACACUUGAUGUCCUAUACAUCUUUUUCCGCAGUAAGUCCAACGAAUGGAUUAUUGAUAAUUUAAGCACAAUUCAAACAUUAUUAGACAAAUGUAUCCAAGUGAAUCAUCAUGAUAUUCAACAGGCUCUCGUAAAAGUACUCAAUACCCUUUUGAAGGCAAUGAAAUCCACUACUGGUAUAACGCCAGCGGAAGAGGAGACUCCUUCAAAAACGUUUAUCAAGUAUUUGAUUUCUACCAUUAAUAGAGAUCUUCAGGGAACAUCUUCUAUUUCUGCUGGUGUAACGCUAGCUUGGACGCUUUUUGUCAAUUUUCCUGACGCUAUUGAUUCUUUAUUAUCCAUAUUGAUGAAAACGUUUAAUAAAUUGUGCAAAGAUCAUUUGAGUACGUCACAGCCAAAAGACGCUGUUAUGGUUGAAGAAGCAAAACUCACAACAAAACUACUUGAGAAACUCUUAUGUCUGUUAUCUGCUAAAGUUUCGGCAUUGGGUGAUGUACGUCGUCCGUUUUUGUCUACCAUAGCACUUUUAAUUGAUCGCUCAAUGGAUCAAAACUUUCUAAGAAAGAUUAUCAUCGUUUCUGGAACCUGGGUUUUCAACAAUGAAAUAUUCCCCACGAUAAAAGAGAAAGCUGCCAUUUUAACUAAGAUGCUGGCAUUUGAGGUCAGGGGCGAGCCUUCCCUUUCAAAAAUGUUUUAUGAGAUUGUGCUAGAACUUUUCGAUAAAAAACAAUUCAUAAACACUGAAAUUACGGUAAGAAUGGAACAACCAUUUUUAGUUGGUACAAGAACGAAUAACAUCGAAAUAAGAAAACGUUUCAUGCAAAUAUUGGAGCACAGUCUGGACAAAGAUAUCAAGGAACGUUUGUAUUACAUCAUCAGAGAUCAAAAUUGGGAAUUUAUAUCAGAUUAUCCAUGGCUAAAUCAAGCAAUUCAACUCUUAUUUGGCGCCUUUGAACAACAAUAUAUGCUAUCUCUUGAAGCUCCAUAUCCUUUACCUCUACCUAAUACUUUGGAGCACUUUCUUCCCGAGGAAUUUAAAAAUUCAGGAGAAGUUGAGGAUUCUAAGCUUUCGCAAUUUAUUAAUGCCCAUACAGAAAGUAUAACAAAACUAUGCAAUGUUCCGACAGAGGAUAUUCUUGGUCCCUUGACCGAGAUCUUUUACCAAGAUGCCAGAGCUAUCAAAAAUACCUGGGUCAACAUAUUCCCAGAGAUUUAUAAGUGCAUUCCUCGUAAUGAAAAGUACGGAUUUGUUCGUUCUUUGAUUACACUUCUAUCCAAACCAUAUCACUCCAGACAAGUAAAUGGAAAGGUUAACAUCAUUUCAGUACUUUUGGAUUCAAUUAGUGAAAUUGAAGGUCUAGAAAUCCCUCCACACUUAGUGAAAUACUUGGCCAUUUCUUACAACUCCUGGUACCAGUCGCUGAAAAUUUUAGAAUCAAUUCAGGAAAAUAACUUAAUUGACAAUUCAAAGAUAAUCGAGACAAACCAAGAUGCCUUAUUGGAAGUUUACCGUAACUUACAGGAGGAGGAUAUGUUUUAUGGUUUAUGGAGAAGACGUGCGAAGUAUAAUGAAACCAGUGUAGCUUUAUCGUACGAACAAGUUGGAUUGUGGGAUAAGGCUCAACAAUUAUAUGAAGUCGCUCAAGUCAAAGCAAGGAGUGGUGCAUUGCCAUAUUCUGAAUCUGAAUAUGCUUUAUGGGAAGAUAACUGGAUUCUCUGUGCCGAAAAGCUACAGCAAUGGGAUAUAUUGACGGAAUUAGCAAAACAUGAAGGGUUUACAGACUUGCUAUUAGAAUGUGGAUGGAGAGUAGCCGACUGGAAGUCUGAUAGGGAAGCACUAGAACAAUCAGUUAAAAGUGUUAUGGACGUUCCUACCCCAAGAAGACAAAUGUUUGAAAGUUUCCUCGCACUUCAGAAUUUUGCAGACACAGGAAAGGGAGACCAGGACGUUCGUAGAUUAUGUGACGAGGGUAUUCAAUUAAGUUUACAUAAGUGGUCUUCGCUCCCACAAAGAUACACACCAGCACAUAAAUGGCUGCUACAUGGAUUUCAACAGUACCUUGAAUUUUUGGAGGCCACCCACAUCUUUGCUAAUUUGCAUACUACUACUGCUCAAAAUAUAGAUUCAAAGGCUCAAGAAGUGAAGCGAGUGUUUCAAGCUUGGAGAGACCGUUUGCCUAAUAUAUGGGAUGAUAUUGACCUGUGGAAUGACCUGGUAACAUGGAGGCAACAUACUUUUAAUGUGAUAAACAACGCUUACUUGCCGUUAAUUCCUACUUUACAACAGAAUAACAGUAAUAAUACCAUCAACACUCAUGCAUACCGAGGAUAUCAUGAAUUGGCAUGGAUAAUAAAUAGGUUUGCACAUGUAGCAAGAAAACAUAACAUGCCAGAUGUUUGUGUCAGUCAACUUGCCAGAAUAUACACUUUGCCUAAUAUUGAAAUUCAAGAAGCGUUCCUUAAAUUACGUGAACAGGCAAAGUGCCAUUAUAAAAAUAUGAAUGAGCUAACAACUGGUCUAGAUGUUAUUAGUAAUACCAAUUUAGUGUAUUUCGGUACUGGACAAAAGGCAGAGUUUUUUACCCUGAAAGGUAUGUUCUUAUCUAAGCUUAAAGCAUAUGAUGAGGCUAACCAAGCUUUUGCAACUGCUGUCCAAAUUGAUCUGAACCUUGCAAAGGCGUGGGCUCAAUGGGGUUACUUCAAUGAUCAUCGUUUAUUAGAAGAACCUAACAAUAUCAGCUUUGCAAGCAACGCCAUUAGCUGCUACUUACAAGCUGCUGGUCUGUAUAAGAACGCCAAGACAAGAAAUCUGUUAUGUCGUAUACUUUGGUUGAUCAGCAUGGAUGAUGCUUCUGGCUCUUUAACAAAUGCUUUUGAUUCAUUUAGAGGGGAGGUACCGGUCUGGUAUUGGAUCACAUUUAUUCCACAACUAUUAACGUCAUUGUCUCACAAAGAGGCCAACAUGGUUCGCCAAAUACUGAUCAGAAUUGCCAAGAGUUAUCCACAAGCUUUACAUUUCCAACUAAGAACAACUAGAGAAGACUUUGCUGUCAUUCAAAGAAGAACUAUGGCUGUAUUAGCUGAAAAAGGAGAUUCUGCUGAUGUUUCACAAGCUACCAAUAACCAAAGGCAACCAUGGGAACAUUUGCAAGAGUUGAGUAAUAUAUUAAAGACGGCUUAUCCCCUGUUGGCCUUAUCUUUAGAAUCGCUGGUUACGCAAAUCAAUGAGAGAUUUAAGAGUACGCCAGAUGAAGAUUUAUUUAGACUGAUAAAUGUUCUUUUGAUCGAUGGUACUUUCAAUUAUAAUCGCUUACCACUUCCAAGGGCUAACUCACCGCUUCCUUCUAACACUGAAACAAACUUAGCAAGACUGUCUGACACAUUAUUGGAUCCACAUAUAAGGCCGAAAUUCAAUGCCGACUUUAUUGAGAGCAAACCUGAUUUUGAAACAUACUUGAAGAGGCUGCGCUAUUGGCGUAGAAGAUUAGAAAACAAGCUGGACAGAGCACCACAAAUUGAAUAUUUAGAAAGAGUAUGUCCUAAUUUGAGUAAUUUCCAUUACCAAAAAUUCGAGGAUAUAGAAGUUCCUGGUCAAUAUCUAUUGAAUCAUGACAAUAAUACGCAUUUUGUGAAAAUAGCUAGAUUUUUGCCGGCUGUUAAUUUUGUUCGCGGUACACAGACCUCUUACAGAAGAAUCAAUUUACGUGGCCAUGACGGUAGCGUUCAUUCUUUUGCUAUUCAAUCGCCCGCUGCAAGACAUUCUAGAAGAGAAGAAAGAAUGUUCCAGUUUUACAGGCUGUUGAACAUUUUAUUGCAGAAUAAUGUACAAACUAGAAACCGUAAUUUACAGUUCACUCUCCCUGUAGCGGUCCCACUGUCACCGCAGGUUAGAAUAAUGAAUGAUAAGUCCUCUUUUAUUACAUUACAUGAGAUUUAUGAUGAAUAUUGCCAUAAAGCGAAGAUAGAUUCUGACAAAAUUCAUGACUUCUUUUCAGAGCAAUUGAAUAUUGCACAUGAUAAGUCAUUACCAACACCUGACAUAACACUUGUAAAAGUUGAAAUUUUGAGUUCUAUACAAUCGAUGUUUUUACCUUCAACAGUUUUGAAGGACUACUUUGCCUCAAUUUACACAGAAUUUGAAGAAUUUUGGUUAUUUCGUAAGUACUUUGCUUCGCACUACGCGUCCUUUACAUUUAUGACCUACAUGAUGCUCAUUAAUAACCGAACUCCCCACAAAAUACAUAUUGAUAAGCUAUCUGGUGAUGUAUUUACAUUAGACACGUUGCCGUCGAGAUAUCCCUAUGAAAGAGUGAAACCUUUCUUGAAACAUGCUGAGAUAUCCAACCUGCCAGCUGAUGCACCAAUAUUCCAUAAUAACGAACCAGUUCCAUUCAGAUUAACACCAAAUAUACAGAAAUUAAUCGGUGAUUCUGCACUAGAGGGUGUUUUCUCAAUUGACAUGUUUACUCUUGCCCGUUCAUUAAUUGACGCAGAAAAUGAGUUGAAUACUUAUCUGACUCUAUUCAUCCGUGAUGAAAUUAUCUCGUGGUAUAGUAACCUACAUAGACCAAUAACUGAAAAUCCUCAGCUAACGGAAAUGGUUAAGUCAAAUGUUGGUUUGAUUAUUAAAAGGGUGUCCCAACUAAGCCAUCUAAGCUCAACACCAAAUGUUACUACACAAUUCGUGCUAGAUUGUAUAAGCUCAGCUGUGAAUCCAAGAAACUUAGCUGCUACAGAUUCAAGCUACAUGGCAUGGUUUUAA